AUGAAAGCCGUAUGUUUUUCUCUCCUUCUCCUGCUGCUGGCAUGUAGCUUUGGUGAGUCUGCCCAUCAAGGUCUUCUUUAUAUUAUUUAAUUUCUAUAUUUGACAGGGACAAUGCCAAAUAAACACAUGUACCAGAUUAAAGCUUGAUUUCUUAUAUUCUUCUCUCCAUUCUUUAACCUCCAGUCUCUCAGUUUACACAAUGGAUAACCAGAUGCACUCCAAAACAACAGAGAUAAUACUGUUCUUCUGUUUUCUCCAGGAGAGGGCCUGAAAUGCAACCGUUGUGUAGGCAAAGGCUGCAGAAACACAGUGGAGACCUGCCGUAUUGACCAUGACACCUGCGGCACGGUCAUAUUCAAGCCCCCACUCCGUGCGUAUCUAUUAUCCUCUUCACUAGGCAGUAUACCCUGAGUUUCAUCUGUAUAUAUCCCUUCACUAGGCACUUUACUAUGUGUGUAACCCUAGGAUCAAUAACCAAUCGGUAAAACACCAAAUAUCGGAUCCUUUUGAUUGACAUCUAAGGAAAACAUUUGCUUGAGCCAAUCAAGAAAAUGUGCUGGUUUGUGUCUUCUGUAUCUGGUGUUUUACCCUAUGUCUCGCUUCUCUCUCUCCACAGCUAUCUCAUAUUUCAAGAGAUGCAUGAAGAUGUCAGAAUGCAGGUUGCUGGGAAGCAACAAGGACAUUGAUGCCUAUUGCUGCACCUCCAACCAAUGCAACUGAGAGACACAUCCUCUGUCUAACAUACUGUAUACCAUACAGUCCAUUCAUUGUACUAAGCUGAAUAUCAUGAAUCAAUGCAGAUGAUUGGAACUGUCAAGAAGUUACACAAAUAAAGUUGUACUUUUGCGUCUUUGUUCCAAACAGUUUGCAUUUAUUUAUUAUUUAUGUUUGACAUAAUUAACCUGUGAUUAGCCAGGUGAUGGCCUGGAACAUGAGCACUGCACUGAGAAAGUUUAGUUUAUACAGUAUAUGAUAAAUCAUAUACAAGUCAUAUACAGCACUAGUUUAUAGCCUCUAUGAUGUAUUACCCAGUACCAACACAUAAAAUAUAGACUCCAUUCAGCUGUUCUGUUGAGGGUUUGAUAUCUUAAAAUUAUUAUUACACACUCUGUCCCGAUGUGGAACAGAGCAGACCUGGGAUAACUAUAGUUUUAUCUCUGCGUUGCGGAAAGUAGCUAUUUUUUCCGGGGGAACAAACAACUAUUUUAAUACAGAUCCCCAAAAUGAAUACUUUUUUAAACUAUUUGAAUACAGCUCUCAUAAAUUGACAACUUUUCAAAACUAUUUGAAUACAGAUCUCAGAAAGUGACUACUUUUCUGAAACGAUUGGAUUGGCCUGCCUUCAAACUAAUGGCAGGGCUGUAUUUGGAAACUGUCACGCUCGUUCAUAGACGGGUCAGACCAAGGCGCAGCGUGAUAUGCAUACAUGUUUAUUUGAACCGAAUAAACAACGAACACGCGUGACGACCUCUCACUCUUCGCCUCCCUGUUGCGCCCCUGGUCUGGUCUAGACCUCGGCGCGUUGCUUCCCCUCUCCUUCCUCCCACUAUACUCCAAGCCCUGUCUGGACCCUGGUGUGGGAGACCCCGAACCUGGAGAGGGGCUGACGUCUGGGUCUGGACUGGAGCCGCUGACCGGAGCUGGACCGGGCACCGGUGGAGCGGACUGCUCAGGCUCCGGACUGGCUUGGUGCGAGGAACAGGAACAGGCCGGGCCGGGUUGGCGACGCGCACCACUGGCUUGGUGCGAGGGGCAGGAACAGGCCGGGCCGGGCUGGCGACGCGCACCACUGGCUUGGUGCGAGGGGCAGGAACAGGCCGGGCCGGGCUGGCGACGCGCACCACUGGCUUGGUGCGAGGGGCAGGAACAGGCCGGGCCGGGCUGGCGACGCGCACCACUGGCUUCGUGCGAGGGGCAGGAACAGGCCGGGCCGGGCUGGCGACGCGCACCACUGGCUUGGUGCGAGGGGCAGGAACAGGCCGGGCCGGGCUGGCGACGCGCACCACUGGCUUGGUGCGAGGGGCAGGAACAGGCCGGGCCGGGCUGGCGACGCGCACCACUGGCUUGGUGCGAGGGAAGGAACAGGCCGGGCCGGGCUGGCGAAGCGCACCACUAUCUUGGUGCGAGGGGCAGGAACAGGCCGGACCGGGCUGGCGAAGCGCACCACUAGCUUAGUGCGGGGAGUGUCGUAGAAAUAUUUGACAAAAAAAUAGUCAACUCAAAAAUAUCUCUCAAGAGACUGGAGCUUGUGAAUCCAGAAAUUAGACUUUAUUAUUGCGUAACAAAGCCGAGCCACUCCAUGGAACGGCUGUCUCUCUUUGGCUUAGAGAUCUCUUAUAUACACACACAAAUGCACAGUCAUGUUUACAUAGCUUACAAAGCUACUCCCGUUAAGAUCACUGAUUAACAUCUUUAACUGCCACGCCACUAUUAUCUUUGAAAGUCCAAUAACACAUGUUGUUUACUCCAAAAGGCCAUGGGCGCUUUUGCCUCUUUCCCUUAUCUCAUUAUAUUGGUGGCAUGGCUCAGACACUUUUUAAAAAUAAAAUACAUACAUUCAUCAAAGCAUGUUUACACAUUGUAUUGACUAUAUUCCUUAUUUAGACAUGCAUCUGGACUUAUAAAAUGUCAAUCAUGUUUACUAUAUUUUAUCUUUGACAUUUCCCAACAUUUUCCUUAAUGAUACAUAAAACAUUACCAUAGGAGCAGGAACGGGCCGGACCGGACUGGCGACACGCACCACUUGCUUGGUGCGAGGAGCGGGACUGGGUUCCUUUAUUAACCCCCGCUCCUUCUGCUGCCUAACCAGCUCCUCUCGCCGUGCCUCUACACUUUCCUUCUCCAUUUUAGCCUCCUGUAGCCUCGUCAUCCACCCCGUGUACCCCCCCCAACAUUUUCUUGGGGUUGCCUCUCGGGUCUCCGUCGUCGGCACGGUUGGCACCGUUUCUCCUCUCCUGCUAAAGAAGUCCAAGGUACACAAACAACAUAACUCACACAGAACAGAUCCCACAACCCACUAGUGCCAAUAGGCUGCCAAAGUAUGGUCCCCCAAUCAGAGACAACGAGCGACAGCUGCCUCGGAUGGGAACCACACCGGCCAACAUAGAUCUAUACCUACUAGAUCUAAACAUAGAAAAUACAACAUAGAAAAUCACAACAAGGAAUAUACACACCCUGACUCAACAUAUAAGCGUCCUCUGAGUCAGGGCGUGACAGGAACUUUUGUUUCUGAUUUCAACAUAUGUCUAAAUGUCAUAAUAAGAACUUGUUUACAUAUGAUAUGAAUGAUUAAUCAUCAAUACCACCUCUUACAUAAACUAUGUACACCAGUCAGUUGUUCUGUUGAAGUUUGAUAUUUCAAAAUUCUCUUAACACCCUGUCCCAAUGUGGAAUGUCCCAGCGUGGAACACGACACUGCAAACCUUUGUGUCUUGUGAAAUCUGUUCAUUUACAGAGACAUAGGGAACUACUUGUGCUAAACCUGAGUAAAUACAUUUCCAAAUAUCUCACACAAAGGACUCAUAGAUAGCAGGUUUAUUAGCAUAUUAUGCUGUAUAAAAGUAGAGGGAAGUAAAGGGAGCUCAACACACCUACAGGAAAUACAAGCAGGUAAGCAACUACUCCACAAUCUAUAGCUCCUAAUAACUUUGCCUCAUGAUAUUGUGCUACUGGGGUUGUGAAAUGGUUGGUUUCAGAAUGUUCCUGCACAUUUAAAAUGAAUCAGACUAACAUGGACCUACAUGUUGCAAUUGUUGAACAUGGCAUAAUCCCACCACAUAGAGGGAGUCUUUGGUGAAUCCUUUUUCUAUUGUUGGAACGAUAGAUCAAAACACUCCCGAAGAAAGACAGAGGAAAGAUGAAAGCCGUAUGUUUUUCUCUCCUUCUCCUGCUGGCAUGUAGCUUUGGUGAGUCUGCCCAUCAAGGUCUUCUUUAUAUUAUUUAAUUUCAAUAUUUGACAGGGACAAUGCCAAAUAAACACAUGUACCAGAUUAAAGCUUCAUUUCUUAUAUUCUUAUCUCCAUUCUUUAAUCUCCAGUCUCUCAGUUUACACAAUGGAUAACCAGAUGCACUCCAAAACAACAGAGAUAAUACUCUUCUUCUGUUUUCUCCAGGAGAGGGCCUGAAAUGCAACCGUUGUAUUGGCAAAGGCUGCAGAAACACAGUGGAGACCUGCCGUAUUGACCAUGACACCUGCGGCACGGUCAUAUUCAAGCCCCCACUCCGUGCGUAUCUAUUAUCCUCUUCACUAGGCAGUAUACCCUGAGUUUCAUCUGUAUAUAUCCCUUCACUAGGCACUUUACUAUGUGUGUAACCCUAGGAUCAAUAACCAAUCGGUAAAACACCAAAAUAUCGGAUCCUUUUGAUUGACAUCUAAGGAAAACAUUUGCUUGAGCCAAUCAAGAAAAUGUGCUGGUUUGUGUCUUCUGUAUCUGGUGUUUUACCCUAUGUCUCGUUUCUCUCUCUCCACAGCUAUCUCAUAUUUCAAGAGAUGCAUGAAGAUGUCAGAAUGCAGGUUGCUGGGAAGCAACAAGGACAUUGAUGCCUAUUGCUGCACCUCCAACCAAUGCAACUGAGAGACACAUCCUCUGUCUAACAUACUGUAUACUAUACAGUCCAUUCAUUGUACUAAGCUGAAUAUCACUAAUCAAUCCACAUGACUGAAACUGUCAAGAAGUUACACAAAUAAAGUUGUAUGUUUGCGUCUUUGUUCCAAACAGUUUGCAUUUAUUUAUUAUUUAUGUUUGACAUAAUUAACCUGUGAUUAGCCAGGUGAUGGCCUGGAACAUGAGCACUGCACUGAGAAAGUUUAGUUUAUACAGUAUAUGAUAAAUCAUAUACAAGUCAUAUACAGCACUAGUUUAUAGCCUCUAUGAUGUAUUACCCAGUACCAACACAUAAAAUAUAGACUCCAUUCAGCUGUUCUGUUGAGGGUUUGAUAUCUUAAAAUUAUUAUUACACACUCUGUCCCGAUGUGGAACAGAGCAGACCUGGGAUAACUAUAGUUUUAUCUCUGCGUUGCGGAAAGUAGCUAUUUUUUCCGGGGGAACAAACAACUAUUUUAAUACAGAUCCCCAAAAUGAAUACUUUUUUAAACUAUUUGAAUACAGCUCUCAUAAAUUGACAACUUUUCAAAACUAUUUGAAUACAGAUCUCAGAAAGUGACUACUUUUCUGAAACGAUUGGAUUGGCUGCCUUCAACUAAUGGCAGGGCUGUAUUUGGAACUGUCACGCUCGUUCAUAGACGGGUCAGACCAAGGCGCAGCGUGAUAUGCAUACAUGUUUAUUUGAACCGAAUAAACAACGACAAAACGUGAAGUCCAAGGUACACAAACAACAUAACUCACACAGAACAAGAUCCCACAACCCACUAGUGCCAAUAGGCUGCCAAAGUAUGGUCCCCAAUCAGAGACAACGAGCGACAGCUGCCUCUGAUUGGGAACCACACCGGCCAACAUAGAUCUAUACCUACUAGAUCUAAACAUAGAAAAUACAACAUAGAAAAUCACAACAAGGAAUAUACACACCCUGACUCAACAUAUAAGCGUCCUCUGAGUCAGGGCGUGACAGGAACUUUUGUUUCUGAUUUCAACAUAUGUCUAAAUGUCAUAAUAAGAACUUGUUUACAUAUGAUAUGAAUGAUUCAUCAUCAAUACCACCUUUUACAUAAACUAUGCACUCCAGUCAGUUGUUUUGUUGAGGUUCGAUAUUUCAAAAGGUUCUUUACACCCUGUCCCAAUGUGGAAUGUCCCAAUGUGGAACCCAGUUACUGUUUUGUGGCACGCCCUGUUUCAGCAAAAAUGUUGGGAAAACCGGGAACUUCCAUUGAUUUUGAGAUACAUUUUUAUUAUUGCUGCAGAACCAUAUUCCAAGUUUGAAUUUCAAUUUUUACAACAAAUUACAUUUUCAUCAUAAAUCCCACACAGCUGUGAGUAGCUAGGCCUACCUUUAGAGUAUGGAUAGCUCUAGAACGGCUCAUAAUAAUGUCCGGAACGGAGUUAAUGGAAUGGCAUUAAAUAUCUGGAAACCAUGUUUGAUGUAUUUGAUACCAUUCCACAAAUUCCGCUCCAGUCAUUACCACGAGCCCGUUCUCCCUAAUGAAGGUGCCACCAACCUCCUGUGAUGUAUAGAGUAGGCUAGGGGAACUACUUGUGCUAAAGCUGAGUAAAUAUAGCCAAUAUCUCACACAAGUUACUCAUAGAUAGCACCUUUAUUUGCAUAUUAUACUGUAUAAAAGGAGAAGAAGAAAGAGGGGAAAGUGAAGUAAACAGCAGCUCAACACACAUCUAAAGGAAAUACAACCAGGUGAUCAACUACUCCACAAUCUAUAGCUCCUAAUAACGUUGUCUCAUGAUAUUGUGCUACUGGGGUUGUGAAAUGGUUGGUUUCAGAAUGUUUCUGCACAUUUAAAAUAAAUCAGAGGUAGACCUACAGUUUGUAGACCUUCAGUACAUGUUGUAAUUGUGGAACAUAGCAUAAUCCCACCAUAUAAAGGGAGUCUUUGAUGAAUCCUUAUUUUCUGUUGUUGGAAUGACAGAUCUAAAGACUCCUGAAGAAAGAAAGAGGAAAGAUGAAAGCUGUAUGUUUUUCUCUCCUUCUCCUGCUGCUGGCAUGUAGCUUUGGUGAGUCUGCCCAACAAGGUCUUAUUUUAGCAUAUCAAAUAAAGUAAAAUGUUAUUGGUCACAUACACAUAUUUAGCAGAUGUUAUUGCAGGUGUAGCGAAAUGUUUGUUUUUCCUAGCUCCAACAGUGCAGUAGUAUCUAAAAAUUCACAACAAUACACACAAAUCUAAAAGUAAAAGAAUGGAAUUAAGAAAUAUAUAAAUAUUAGGAUGAGCAAUGUCGGAGUGGCAUUGACCAAAAUACAGUAGGAUACAGUAUACACAUAUGAAAUGAGUAAAACAGUAUGUAAACAUUAUUAAAGUGACUAGUGUUCCAUUAUUAAAGUGACCAGUGAUUCCAUGUCUACAGUGCCUUGCAAAACUAUUCAUCCCCCUUGGCAUUUUUCCUAUUUUGUUGCAUUACAACCUGUAACUUAAAUGGAUUUUUAUUUGGAUUUCAUGUACUGGACAUACACAAAAUAGUCCAAAUUGGUGAAGUGAAAUUAAAAAAAUAACUUGUUUCUAAAAAAUAAAUAACGGAAAAGUGGUGCAUGCAUAUGUAUUCACCCCUUUUGCUAUGAAGCCCCUAAAUAAGAUCUGGUGCAACCAAUUACCUUCAGAAGUCUCAUAAUUAGUAAAAUAAAGUCCACCUGUGUGCAAUCUAAGUGUCACAUGAUCUCAGUAUAUAUACACCUGUUCUGAAAGGCCCCAUAGUCUGCAACACUACUAAGCAAGCGGCACCACCAAGCAAGCGGCACCAUGAAGACCAAGGAGCUCUCCAAACCGGUCAGGGACAAAGUUGUGGAGAAGUACAGAUCAGGGUUGGGUUAUAAAAAAAUAUCCGAAACUUUGAACAUCCCACGGAGCACCAUUAAAUCCAUUAUUAAAAAAAUUGAAAGAAUAUGGCACCACAACAAACCUGCCAAGAGAGGGCCGGCACCAAAACUCACGGACUAGGCAAGGAGGGCAUUAAUCAGAGGCAACAAAGAGACCAAAGAUAACCCUGAAAGAGCUGCAUUACCACUACUAUAAUGUAUUUCAAAACCAUACAUACUUUAAAACAAGCUAGCAAACACACCAUAUUUUCUUCAGGAUAUGUAAUUUUCAGUGAUCCCUGUUAGCCUAAAGAGUUUAUUUACUAGAUAGAACUACAGCGAGCUAUCAGUAGGUCUGAAUACAAACCUAUUCUACGACCACAAAAAUAAUUUCAAAGAGCUGUCAUCACUAGAGGCACCAUCAUAUUUCUCUCUCCAAAUUAUAGCUUAAAACUUUCUAAUCAUUAUAUAAUCAAUCAACUAAAAUCAAACUUAAUUCACAGUGAAAGUUUUACAAAUGUAAAUCGUGCAUCUAUUUAUCUGAAACCCACAGCAUGAAUGAUUCAGGUUGCUUUACUUUCCUAAGUGUUGAUGAUGAUCCUGCUUUUUAUCCCCAUCUUCUGACAGAAGAUCACUUUGUCUUUGUUCUUUUAGUUUUCACACGCAACAACUGUAGUUUAGACAUGUUUGUGAUUUAGCUGCCCAACAAUCUAAAGUCAUUUGGUUGAUAUAGUAGUCUAUCAAAGUAAUCAAACCAAUAAUUUUACUACAGUGCCUUCAGAAAGUAUUCAUAUCCCUUGACUUAUUCCACAUUUUGUUGUGUUACUGCCAAAAUAUUAUUUUUUUCUCACCCAUCUACACACAAUACACCAUAAUGACAAAGUGAAAACAUAUUUUUAGAAAAUAACACAUGUAUUGAGAAUGAAUACAGAAAUAUCUCAUUGACAUAAGUAUUCAAACCGCUGAGUCAAUACAUGUUAGAAUCAUCUUUGGCAGCGAUUACGGCUGUGAGUCUUUCUGGGUAAGUCUCUAAGAGCUUUGGACACCUGGACUGUACAAUAUUUGCACAUUAUUCUUUGAAAAAAUCUUCAAGCUCUGUCAGGUUGGUUGUUGAUCAUUGCUAGACAGCCAUUUUCAAGUCUUGCCAUACAUUUUUAAGCCAAUUUAAGGCCUUUAACUAGGCCACUCAGGAACAUUCAAUGUUGUCUUGGUAAGCAACUCCAGUGUAUAUUUGGCCUUGUAUUUUAGUUUAUUGUCCUGCUGAAAGGUGAAUUUGUCUCCCAGGGUCUGUUGGAAAGCAAACUGAACCAGGGUUUCCUCUAGGAUUUUGCCUGUGCUUAGCUCUAUUCCGUUUAUUUUUACGCUUAAAAACUCCUCAGUCCUUGCCGAAGACAAGCAUACCUAUAACAUGAUGCAUCCACCACCAUGCUUGAAAAUAUAAAGAGUGGUACUCAGUGAUGUGUUGUGUUGGAUUUGCCCCAAACAUAAUGCUUUGUAUUCAGGACAUAAAGUUAAUUUCUUUGCCACAUUUUUUGCUGUUUUAAUUUAGUGCCUUAUUGCAAACAGGAUGCAUGUUUUGGAAUAUUUUUAUUCUGUACAGGCUUCUAUCUUUUCACUGUUAAUUGUUGUGUUACUGUCACGAUCGUUAUAAUUAGCAGACCAAGGCGCAGCGUGAUAGGCGUACAUCUUUUAAUUAGUACUUUCCACCAACAACAAAACGAUACGUGAAGUCAAAAGGUUCACCAACACAAACCUAUACAGAACAAGAUCCCACAAAUCACAGGUGCCAACAGGCUGCCUAAGUAUGGUUCCCAAUCAGAGACAACAAGCAACAGCUGCCUCUGAUUGGGAACCACCCUGGCCAACAUAGAAACACAUGAACUAGAACAUGAACAUAGAACAAACAACAUAGACACUACACACCCUGGCUCAACUUUCAAGAGUCCCCAGAGCCAGGGCGUGACAGUACCCCCCCCCCCCCCCCCCCCCCCCCCAAAGGCGCGGACUGCGACCGCGCCAACCAAACACAAGAGGGUAGGGGCCGGGUGGGCAUUCCGCCUUGGAGGCGGAUCCGGCUCCGGGCGUGACCACCACUCUCUCUCUACCCCCCCGUAGCGCCCCUGGUCUGGUCUGGUCUGGCCCCACUGGCCGGAGCUGGACUGGACAUCGGUGGAGCGGAUUGCUCUGGCUCCGGUGUGGAGCAGCUGACCGGUGCCGGACCAGGCAACGGUGGAACAAGCACGGACCGUGCCGGACUGACGACGCGCACCACUGGCUUGGUGCGGGGAGCAGGAACGGGCCGGACCGGGCUGACGACGCGCACCAUUGGCUUGGUGCGGGGAGCAGGAACAGGCCGGACCGGGCUGGCGAUGCGCACCAUUGGCUUGGUGCGGGGAGCAGGAACGGGCCGGACCGGGCUGACGACGCGCACCAUUGGCUUGGUGCAGGGAGCAGGAACAGGCCGGACCGGGCUGGCGACCCGCACCAUUGGCUUAGUGCGGGGGGCAGGAACGGGUCGGGCCGUACUGGGAACAAGCACCACUAACUUAGUGCGGGGAGCAGGAACGGGCCGGACUGGGAACACGCACCACUAACUUAGUGCGGGGAGCAGUAAAGGGUUGGGCCGUACUGGGAACACGCACCACUGGCCUUGUGCGGGAAGCAGGAACGGGUCGGGCCGUACAGGGAACACGCACCACUUUCUUAGUGCGGGGAUCAGGAACGGGCCGGACCGGACUGGUGACACACACCACUUGCUUGGUGCGAGGAGCGGGACUGGGUUUCCUCAUAAACCUCAGCUCCCUCUGCUGCCUAACCAGUUCCUCUCACCGUGCCUCUACACUCUCCUUCUCCCUUAUCGCCUCCAGUAGCUCCUCCCUCUGACCAACUAACUCCUGCUCCCUCAUGACCAAUAGCCCCCGUAACCUGGUGGCCUCCUCUCCUAAUCUGCCGAUACGUCCUGUAGCUGCCUCCAGCAUCCCCGUCGUCCAUGCCGUGUGCCCCCCAAAUUUUUUUUAUUGGGGUUGCCUCUCGCCUGUCCGACGACGGCACGGUUGGCGCCGUACCUCCUCUCUCGCCAGGGCUUUAACUUUUGCCCAUGGCCCUUUGCCCGCGAACAUGUCCUCCCAAGACCACCAUUCGCCCACCUGGGACAUCGCCAACUUCUCCAGUUCCUUUCCCGGUGUUUGCUCCUGAACACGCUGCUUGGUCCUGUUUUGGUGGGAUCUUCUGUCACGAUCGUUAUAAUUAGGGGACCAAGGCGCAGCGUGAUAGGCGUACAUCUUUUAAUUAGUACUUUCCACCAACAACAAAACAACAAAACGAUACGUGAAGUCAAAAGGUUCACCAACACAAACCCAUACAGAACAAGAUCCCACAAAUAGCAGGUGCCAACAGGCUGCCUAAGUAUGGUUCCCAAUCAGAGACAACAAGCAACAGCUGCCUCUGAUUGGGAACCACCCCGGCCAACAUAGAAACACAUGAACUAGAACAUGAAAAUAGAACAAACAAGAUAGACACUACACACCCUGGCUCAACUUUCAAGAGUCCCCAGAGCCAGGGCGUGACAGUUAGUCAUUGGACUCCCACCAAUUAAACUUAAUGUACAAUUACGAUCUAGAUUAAUUUAUUUAUUUGACAGGGACAAUGCCAAAUAAACACAUGUACCAGAUUAAAGCUAGAUUGGUUAUUCUCCAUUCUCUCAUUUUUCAAUGAAUAACCAGAUUCACUCCAAUACAACAGAGAUGAAGCUGUUCUUCUGUUUUUCCAGGAGAGGGCCUGAGAUGCAACCGUUGUAUUGGCAUUGGCUGCAGUAACACAGUGGAGACCUGCCGUAUUGACCAUGACACCUGCGGCACGGUCAUAUUCAAGCGCCCACUCCGUGCGUAUCUAUUAUCCUCUUCACUAGGCAGUAUACCCUGUUUCAUCUGUAUAUAUCCCUUCACUAGGCACUUUACUAUGUGUGUUACCCUAGGAUCAAUAACCAAUCGGUAAAACACCAAAUAUCGGAUCCUUUUGAUUGACAUCUAAUGAAAAUAUUUGCUUGAGCCAAUCAAGAAAAUGUGCUGGUUUGUGUCUUCUGUAUCUGGUGUUUUACCUUAUGUCUCGCUUCUCUCUCUCCACAGCUAUCUCAUAUUUCAAGAGAUGCAUGAAGAUGUCAGAAUGCAUGUUGCUGGGAAGCAACAAGGACAUUGAUGCCUAUUGCUGCACCUCCAACCAAUGCAACUGA